GGCACCUUCAACAACCUUGUAAUGGGUGAGAGCAUCUCUUCGUGUCUUCCUUGCGCUGCAGGACACUACUGCCCCACUCCAGGGAUUUCGAUCCAGUCUUGCAUAAUUUGUCCAAGCAAGUAUUAUUGUCCUCUUGCCAGUACUGCACCCAUCAGUUGUCCAGCUGGAUCUUUCUGUGAGAAUGGUUCAUCAGUGAACACGACCUGUUACAGUGGUUACUAUUGUCCUCCAAAGACUGCAGAGCCAAUUCCGUGUCCAUCUGGUGCUUACUGCCCGAUUGCAAGUGUUACGCCUUCAGUUUGCUUCCCUGGCACUUUCUGCCCUUCGCUAUCUCACUAUCCUUCCCUCUCAGUGGAGUCCUCCUGCAUUGCAUGUCCACCGGGAAAGUUUGGAGCAGAUCCGCGAAGAUUAACAUGUGAGGACUGCAGACCAGGGUAUGCUUGUUUC